AGCGUUUCAGUCUUAUCUGUGAACGUCCAAGAUUAUAGCCAGCUUUACAGCUGUAUCUUCAAACGCAAUGAUGUCCUUUUUCAGGAAAAACAAAAACGGCCCAACUAAUGUCCGUGAUCCGUGAACUAUUUGCCUAGCGUGGCCUUGAUACGAUAACGAAUUUAGGCACCGGUUGAAUGGCGGCAACGCUACCACAUCCGGUCGUCACUACGAAAACAACAAACCAGUUUCCCCCGUAAGUUAUCGAUCAAACGUACGAUGGAAACGCUUGGCGCCAAAAAGAGGGGUCCUCACCGAUUAGGUGGACCCAUGAGUGCCAACAUUGGAGCAAUAGUCUGACUAGAAAUAAUCGGGCAUCGUUCGGUAACGGUCGUAUUUCUACUGUGCGCACCCUGCCGUCCGUGCACGUGGCUGUUCAACCAUUCCACGUGCGUUUCGUUAACGGCUGAGGAUUUAGGAUACGCAUAAGGGGGAAGAAAACGCACAACCUGUUGCAUUCGCAUACUCUAUUUAUCUCUCGCGGUGUGAAAGUGAAAGCAAAACAGGCGCCAAGAUGAAGGUGGACACAAACGUCAGCACCAGCCAGAUGGAUCAGAACUGGACCCGCUACAUGGUGAUGUGCGACCGGAAGGAUAUCCGGCAGGCGACCAACUUCCAGGAGGAGAACGAGGUGCAAGCGACCCUGGUCGGCAAUAAGGCGCUGGCCAAGCAGUACGAGAUACAGAAUCCGGUCGACCGGGGCACGCAGAGCACGAGAUGGAUACUGAACACGCCCGUCUGGACGGUGCACAAUCGGUUGGUCCACACCGGCAUCACCCAUGUGGAGGGCGGCUGGCCCAAAGAGAUCGACUGCUGGCGUGACGAGGAGCUGAUGACGCGGUACCGCCGGAAGCAGGAGAAGAGCGAAGCGUACGUGCAGCAGAUGCGAGGACUAACCAGGACGAUGGAUCAUGCGAUCAUGCAGAACAAUGCUUGCAACAUCUACCAGAACUACUUUGAGGAUAUCGAGCAGCAUGAGCUGAUUGAACAGUUCACAUCGAAAACGGUACACGUGUACAAGGACUACCUGGAGGAGAAGCGGUCCUGCACGUACAUCUGCUGGUCGGACGAGGGGAAUCACUUCGCGUCGGCACACUGUAACAUUGGACAGCGCCGCGGAACGACCACCGAUUGCUACAUCUGGGAUAUUGAGCAUCCAAACAGUCCGCUGCAGAAGCUAUUUCCACCGUACCAAACGCGCUGCCUGGAGUACAACUUUAAGGAUUCCACCCAGAUGGCGGGCGGGUUGUUCUCGGGCCAGGUGGCCCUGUGGGAUAUUCGCGCCUCCGGCACACCGGUGGAGACAACGCAGCGCGAAGCGAGCCAUAACGAUGUGGUGACGCGCGUACUCUGGACCAGCUCCAAGACGACGAACGAGUUUCUCUCCGGCUCGACGGACGGGCGCAUCCUUUGGUGGGAUACGCGCAACCUCUCCGAACCGUACGACUAUCUGAACCUCGCACCGAAGGACGUGCAGGCGCGGGAGGAAGACCCGCGCCACUGUUUCGGCGUUAGCGCGGUCGAGUUUGAACCGACCAUGCCGAACAAGUACACGGUCGGCACGGAGAACGGUAUGAUAUACAGCUGCAGCCGGAAGUACAAAACGCCGGCGGACAAGAUACAGUCCACGAUCGACGCGCACACCGGCCCGAUCUAUUCGGUCGAGCGGAAUCCCCUGUUCAUCAAGAACUACAUCAGCGUCGGCGACUGGCAGACGAAGAUCUGGACGGAGGACUGCAAGGACAAUCCGAUCGUGUGGACGAAGGAGUACGCGGUGCAGCUGACGUGCGGCAUCUGGAGCCCGACCCGCUGCUCGCUCGUGUUCAUCUGCCGGAUGGACGGCGUGAUGGACGCGUGGGACGUGAUCCACCGGCUGGACGGGCCGGUGCUGCGCCUGAAGCUGUCCGACGCACCGCUCUGGUCGGUGCGCGUCCACAAGGCGGGCAAGCUGAUCGCGAACGGCACGGACAAUGGGGCCAUCUACCUGACGGAGAUCUCGGACAACCUGACGUUCAGCUCGGCGAACGAUAAGCCCGCCCUGUCCGGGAUGCUGGAGCGCGAGAUGCGCCGGCAGCGGCUGCUCGAGGCGAAGAUUAAGGAAAUUAAGCUGAAGGAGAAGGAGCUGGAGCGGGAACGCAUGCGGCGCCAUCUGCGCAUGGACAAUGCGAACUCGAUCGAGGAGGAGGAGAAGGAUCUGGUGGCGGACGCGAUGCACCAGUUUUGGACGAAAAUCCACGGCCGCAAGAGCUUGAAAAACACGCUCAAGGGCAUUCGCAUGCGGGACACGGGCGUGGGCCUGCUGGCCAAGGACAAGAAGGCACAGAAGAAGGAAAAGCGUUAAGGCGCGAACGCCGGCGCGUUGCUAGUGUGGGUCCGAUUGCAACAUGAUUUGGAUAGAUUUUUUUUUUUGUGGAGAGAGGUUUCUAUUUGUAGCACAAUUUUGUUUCACUUUUGGUUUAUUGUACGAAAAUUUGAACAUUUUGCACUUUUGUUACGCAAACAACACAACUGAAUGAGGACAAAUACAUACGCGUCUACGCGAUCAUUAAUUAGAGGGAAUGAAACAGUCGAAUAUGCUUCCCUCUCAAUGCCCUAGGGAGGUGAGUGGUACUACGGGGCAGCUGGGAAUAAAGUGGCACCACCACCCGACGUUAAUUAACGUUAAGAUUGCUUUUACUGCUGCUUUGUGUUGAUAAGUUGUCAUACUUUAACAACCUUAUAUUGGUCUUGUUUGUUUUUGUUUUUCUUUUGUAAGGAGUUAAAUGGUAUUUGUAUCUAAAAGGUAGGCAAGUAUAGUAUGGCAUUGGUUUAAGUAACUUCAUGAAUAAUUGAGAUACAACACAGGAAACGGGCGCUAC